AGGUUGUAUUUUUUUUUUUGCGUUGUUUUUUGUUUAGUUAAAUAGGAAAACCAAAGCGGAACCUUUGUGGCGUGAUGUGUUGUGCACGGACAAUUCUAAUGAGAACACAGGAGAGCUGAAAAAGACGUGUGAAUCGCAAAGAAAAGAAGUUCAAGUGAAGUUAAGAGCUGUUAAAGUGUUUUGAAUAUUUGUUGUUCCUUCACGGACAUCCCUCCCUCAUUAUAUAUGCGGCCAGCGAGUUUGACGGUGGAGUUGGCGAAGUUGGUGGAGUUGGCGAAGUUGUGGAUAAAGAGCCAAUAAAUUCAUCUGUAUGAAGAACCGUGGUCCCGUGUUUCAUGAGGGAGCGAAAGUCAAACUCGAAGCCUGUUCAUCAGCGUGACAUCACCAGACCGUCCCGCCAGUUCAUCAAGACGGGAACUGCAGAUAAGCUACAAAAAAACGCUUUUGCACCUGUGUUAGUUCGAGAAGAUGUUCACAAGACGGAUAAACAAGUGUUUGUUUUGAAGUGUGACAAAGACUGACAUUUGACAUUUGAUAAGUUGAUAUAUAUAAGUUUCCUUUUAAUUUUGUUAUUGAAGUUUCUGGGUUUAUGUUUGAUUUAGAUAUGUAAGAAAAUUCUGUUAUAUUGAAGUUAGAAUAGGGAUAACUACCAUUUAUAAAUCAAAAUGUUGCAACCUGAUGAAAGGACUGAAAGCAAUACAGAACAUGCUGCAGAGCCAGAACCAGCAGACGUGGCUACAGAGCAACAUGAAGAACCUCGUCGAAGUGAAAGAGCCCGUACAUUAACAGAAAGGGGAAAAGUCUUUCAAAGAGAAAGGUUAGAGGGACUCAUGCUACGUUUUGACACCAUCUACGAACGAUGGAAAGCCUUAACUAAGUUGGCUAAAAAAUCUGUAAUGAGACAGGAUCCUAAUGACAUUCUGCAGGAACACAUUAGUUCUGUAGAAAAGGAACUGUUAACACUAAACAGUGUGUAUGAUGAGUACAGAUGUACAGAUAGUCCACCUCAUGACAUGCGUCAUAAGUUGGAUAAGGCUGUGUCAGUAACCAAGAUUGUAAUCAAAAAUGCACAGUCACAGACACGAGGGGAAAGGGAGGAGAUUGUUUGGCCUGAUGCUAGUUCAGUGUUCGCAUCUUCAAGUUCUAGUGUUUCACUUCCGGUCUCUGACCACUCUAAAAGGACUUUGAGUCACUCUGUAGCAUCCGCACUCUGUAGACAAGAAGCAGCAGCAGAGUAUGCAGCCACACGGGCUGUGUUGCAGAUUAUGGCUGAGCAAGAGUGUCGUAGAGAAGAGUUGGAGAAACUUGAGGCUGAGAAUAAGUUAAUAACAGCAGAUCAAGAAACUGCUGCUUACACUCGUCGCCUUGAGAGAGAAAGAGAAGAGACUGAACGUAAAAUCAUGAAGGAAAAACAAGAAGCUGCUCUUUUAAGGAGACAACAAGAAGAGAAUGUUGAGAGAAAGCGUUCUGUGGAGAACUUGAAAAGAGAGGUUGAGCGUUUAGAAGAACUUAAAAGGUUACAUGCAGCUAAAGCAAGGCUUAAGGUGUAUGAUGAAAAUGAGUUUCAUCCAACACAAGCAGUACCUGCGUGUCCUGAAGUAACUCAUCUGGAUCAAGGAGUUAGGAAACAGUCUGUGAAUCAAUACGCUGACACAGCUCCAAGUUCAAAGGGUGACUCUCAGAAAGACACAGUGGAACUCGUGAAAGUCUUAGCUGAGGCGUUGUCUGCAAACAGGUUACCCAUACCAGAACCAACCAUUUUCAGUGGGGAUGCACUGAAGUUCAGCCAUUGGAAAUCAUCCUUUCAGACAUUAAUUGAAAGAAAAAACAUUCCAGCAGCAGAAAAGAUGUUCUUUCUUCAGAAAUAUGUGGGAGGAGCAGCGAGAGAAUCUUUAGAGGGAUUUUUUCUAACUGGAUCAGAAGCAUCUUAUGAGAAGGCAUGGAAUUUGUUAAAUGAAAGAUACGGCGAACCAUUUGUUAUAGCAAAGGCGUUCCGAGAUAAGUUGCAUGCCUGGCCAAAGAUAGCACACAGAGAAAGUUCAGAUUUGAGGAAGUUUGUGGAUUUUUUGCGCAGUUGUGAGUCAGCGAUGGUUGAAAAUGAGAAUCUUAAUGUUCUCAACGAUGCAAUCGAAAAUCAGAAAAUGGCAGCAAAACUACCUGAUAGGUUGGGCACAGCGUGGAACAGAAAGGCCACAGAGUACCAACUGGAACACAGGCGAUUUCCAAAGUUCGGCUAUUUAGUAACUUUCCUGACGAUGGAGGCAAACAUUGCUUGUAAUCCUAUAACAUCUUAUACUGCUCUACACCAAGAUCAGUCGGAUAAGAGAAAAAAAGGUGGAAAACUUUGUAUCAUCCAAAGGUCAAACCAUCGGGACAAAAAGCUUUACAACCAACGUUAGUGAAAGGAAGAUAGACACAUGUGGCUUUUGUAAAAAAGUAGGUCACUUAUUACACAACUGUCGGAACUUAAUCAGAAAGCCGAUUGCUGAGCGUGUCAAAUUCAUACAAAGUGAGAAACUUUGUUUUGGGUGUUUAAAUCCUGGUCAUUAUUCCAAAUACUGCAAGAGUCGGAUGACAUGCAGUUUUUGUUCAAAGCGCCACCCAUCGUGUCUACACGAAGAGCGCCCAAAACAAGAACAGCAGCUUCCUAGUGAGCAAGCUAAAGAAACUGUAGAGGUUAAGGAAAAAAGGUCACUUUUUACAGUGCAACCACAAGAAACAGAUGUUUUCAAGGAGACUACAUCUAACAGAGUUGUAAAUGAGAAAAGUAGCACACAAACCUCAACAAUAGUACCGGUCUAUGUUUCAACACAAAGUGAUCCGACAAAGGAAGUUCUUACUUAUGCUUUGCUAGAUUCACAAAGUGAUUCUUCAUUCAUUUUGGACGAAGUUGUUGCUGGGUUAGAUGUAAACUCAGAAAGGGUUAAAUUAAAGUUAUCUACAAUGUCAUCAAGGGCAACCAUCGUGCCAUGUGAAAGAAUUCAAGGUCUACAAAUCAGAGGACUGUCUUGUUCUAAAAGAAUCACAGUGCCAGUAGUGUAUACCCGUGAGUUCAUCCCAGCUAAUCAUAAACAUAUCCCAACACCAGAAACUGCCAAGGCAUGGCCUCAUUUGGAGCAUCUUGCUGAAUAUAUCUCACCACAAAGGGAAUGUGACAUUGGUCUCUUAAUUGGGUAUAAUUGCCCUCAGGCUCUUUUACCCAGAGAAGUUGUGUGUGGAGAAGAAAGCCAACCUUAUGCACAAAAAACUGAUUUAGGUUGGAGCAUAGUGAGUUAUGGUGAUCCCUCGGAAAUCAGAAGUGAUGCAAUAGAUGUAAGUCACCGCAUUGUUGUAAAGCAAGUGAUACCUGAAACCAAAACAACAGUGAAACUUAAACGUGAAGUACACUACGUGUGUAGGACUCAGAUUAAGGAGAUUGCCACUCCUGACGAAGUGCUUAAAAUGCUGGAGUCAGAUUUCAGUGAAAGAGUUGAAGAAGCAGCCUUUUCCCAGGAAGAUCUUGAUUUCUUAAGCAAAUUAAGAAAUGGAAUCAAGCAUAAAUCGGACGGACAUUUUGAGAUGCCAUUGCCUUUUAAACAAGACAGACCAAAUUUACCAAACAAUAUGCAAUAUGUUGCUCAGCGUCUUAUGAGUCUGAAGCGAAGACUCCUGAGAGAUGAAACAUAUUAUGCAGAUUAUGUGUCCUUUAUGGAUGACAUUGUUGCUAAAGGUGAUGCUGAAAGGGUUCCAGCCGAAGAACUGCAUAAUCAUCCUGCCUGGUAUAUUCCACAUCAUGGAGUAUAUCACCCUCACAAGCCUGGGAAGAUAAGAGUUGUCUUUGAUUGCUCUGCAAGAUACCAGGAUAAAGCGCUGAAUGAUUAUUUACUUACUGGUCCCGAGCUCACAAACACGUUAGUUGGAGUUUUAUGCAGAUUCCGCAAGGGCCCAGUUGCAGUAAUGUGUGAUGUGGAACGUAUGUUUCAUCAGUUCCACGUAAGGCCUGAAGAUCGAGACUAUUUGAGAUUCUUGUGGUGGGAGAGCAGUGAUCUAAAUUCUCCACCAUCUGUCUUCAGAAUGAAAGUUCAUCUGUUUGGCGCAGCAUCGUCACCAGGCUGUGCAAAUUUUGGCCUUAAACACUUGGCCAGUGAAAGUGAAGGCAAGUUCAACAGCAGCACAGUUCAAUUUAUCCAGAGAAAUUUCUAUGUGGAUGAUGGACUUGUGAGUGUAGCAUCUGAAGUUGCAGCAGUAGAACUUGUCAGGGAAGCAAGAGAAUUGUGCAGUGGUGGCAAGCUCAGAUUGUACAAGUUCAUUUCCAACAGUGAGGAGGUGUUGAAAUCAAUACCAAAAGAGGACUGUGCUGACAGUGUGAAGGAUUUGGAUUUAGCCUCGAGACAUCCCAUAGUUGAGAGAGCUCUUGGGGUUCAGUGGUGUGUAUCCUCUGAUAACUUUCAGUUUAGGGUGACAAUCAAAGAGCAUCCUUUGACCAGAAGAGGGGUGCUGUCAACAGUAGCCUCCAUUUAUGAUCCUUUAGGCUUUGUUGCACCUUUCGUCCGACGAGGGAAACAGAUAUUGCAACAGUUGUGUCAAGAUAAAGUAGGGUGGGAUCAUCCAAUGCCAGAAGAGCUCAAAUCCCAGUGGGAAUUUUGGCUCCGUGAUCUUCAAAAACUGGUGAACAUAAAGACCAGAAGAUGUUUUAUUCCUGAAAACUUCACAGACGUUCAGCAAUAUGAGUUACACCACUUCUCAGAUGCCAGCGUAAAAGGUUAUGGCAUUUGCACGUACCUCAGAGUAGUUGAUAACUGUGGUAAGGUACAUUGCUCACUUGUUCUUGGAAAGGCUCGCGUUACCCCAACUAAAGUAACUACAGUGCCACGGCUUGAGUUAUCUGCUGCUGUGGUUGCAGCAAAGACCAGCUUCAUGUUGAGGAAGGAACUUGAAAUCAAUGAUCUCAAGGAGCAUUUUUGGACUGACUCGAUUAUGAUGCCAAUAAUGAUGCCAAACGGUUUCAUGUUUUUGUGGCCAACAGAGUUCAAAAAAUCAAAUCAACAUCAGAACCUGAACAAUGGCGGUUUGUCCAGUCAAAGGAUAAUCCUGCUGACCAUGCGUCAAGAGGCUUGACUGCAGAUCAGCUUACUGCAUCAAACUGGUUCAGAGGCCCAGACUUUCUGUGGGAAAGAAAUCUUCCAGUUCCAGAUGCUAAGGUGGGAGAAAUAGAUGACAGUGAUCCAGAGCUUCGGAAGGUACAGGUGCUAAAUGUAAAAGCUGAAGAGCAAAGAACAUUGUUAGAUCGCCUGACAAAGUUUUCCGACUGGAAAAGAGCUGUAAAGGCAAUUGCUUGUCUCAAAAAAUUUGCUAAUCAGAUCAACGGUGCUAAACCUAAACCUAAAGUGUAUGAAGCUUCCAGCAUUGAGGAACGGAAAGAAGCAGAAACAUUUAUAUUCAGAUUGGCCCAAGAAGAAGCGUUUAACAGAGAAAUAAACAGCAUAAAAAGGUGUAAUGAGAUAAAACCAAAGGACAAAGCCAGUCAGCUUUACAAACUUAGUCCAUUCUUAGAUGAACAUGGUGUUCUCAGAGUUGGUGGACGUUUGACAAGAUCAUGUCUUCAUCCUCACAUCAAGCAUCCAGUCAUUUUGCCAAAGGCAAGUCAUGUUUCGUCCUUACUGAUCAAACAUUAUCAUGAGAAGGUGCAUCAUCAAGGAAGGGGAAUCACUCACAAUGAGUUACGGUCCAACGGAAUAUGGAUCAUAGGGUGUAGCAGAGUAGUGUCCUCUCAUAUUUACAAAUGCAUCGUCUGCAGAAAGUAUAGAAGAAACACACAAGACCCAAAAAUGUCAGAUUUACCUGAGGAUAGGAUGGAAAUGUCCCCACCUUUCACUUAUUGUGGGAUGGACUGUUUUGGACCAUUUUAUGUAAGAGAUGCCAGGAAAGAACUGAAAAAAUACGGACUUCUCUUUACAUGUAUGUCUUCCAGAGCAGUACAUAUUGAGUUGUUAGAUGAUCUCACUACUGAUGCUUUCAUUAAUGCUUUGCGUGCGUUCAUUGCAAUCAGAGGAAAGGUCAGACAGUUGCGGUGUGAUCAGGGCACUAAUUCCGUCGGUGCAAACAAAGAGUUUAUGAAUGCAAUGAAAGGGUUAAAUGAGGAACAGUUGAAAGAACAUGGAUGUGAAUUCAUCAUGAAUGUCCCAUCAGCUAGCCAUAUGGGUGGUGUUUGGGAAAGGCAAAUAAGAACCAUUCGAAGUGUUCUGACCGCAAUUUUGGAUCAGUCUUCUAAAAGACUCGACAGUUCAUCAUUACGUACCUUUUUGUAUGAAGUGAUGGCUAUUAUCAAUAGCAGACCUCUGUCAACAGACCUCUUAAAUGAUCCCAGCUUUGAGCCCUUGACUCCAAAUCAUAUACUUAUGAUGAAAUCCAGUAUAAUAUCGCCACCUCCUGGAGACUUUGUGAGUCAAGAUUUGUACUUGCGUAAAAGAUGGCGACAAGUGCAAUAUUUGGCCAAUGUGUUUUGGACAAGAUGGAAGAAAGAGUACCUUCUAAAUCUUCAACAAAGACAGACAUGGCAGAAGGACAAAAGAGACACUAAGGUCAAUGACAUAGUUAUCCUUCAGGAGGAUAACUCUCCACGCUGUAGAUGGAAACUAGCCAAAGUAACAGAGGUGUACCCAAGUGCCGAUGGUAGAGUUAGGAAGGUAAAACUGUUGCUUAGCAAUUCUACCUUAGAUGAUACAGGCAAACGCUCUGCUAAACCUGUUUAUUUGGACCGACCUGUGCAAAAGAUAGUUUUACUGCUUGAAGCACAGUAAUUGUAACAUGGUUGACGCGUGAUUGUUCAUAUACUGUAAGUGAUUGUAAAGACUGCAGAUAAGUCAUGUAAAUGAAAUCACUAACUUGUGAUUUGGUGGGAGUUUAGCUGCAACGCUAGGUUGUAUUUUUUUUUUGUGUUGUUUUUUGUUUAGUUAAAUAGGAAAACCAAAGCGGAACCUUUGUGGCGUGAUGUGUUGUGCACGGACAAUUCUAAUGAGAACACAGGAGAGCUGAAAAAGACGUGUGAAUCGCAAAGAAAAGAAGUUCAAGUGAAGUUAAGAGCUGUUAAAGUGUUUUGAAUAUUUGUUGUUCCUUCACGGACAUCCCUCCCUCAUUAUAUAUGCGGCCAGCGAGGUAUGUUUGUUUGUAUUAUUUAUAUUUCUGUGAAAUGUCUAUACAAUUUAUAUGUGUAUUUAUUUGUUCUGUCAGUUUGACGGUGGAGUUGGCGAAGUUGGUGGAGUUGGCGAAGUUGGUGGAGUUGUUGAAGUUGUGGAUAAAGAGCCAAUAAAUUCAUCUGUAUGAAGAA